ACUAAUGCAUUCAACAGGCGCCGCAGUUGAACUUCUAGACGCAUGCCAUAUUUUUCAGCUGCGAUAUUAUUUUUAAUAGAUGGUGAGACCAACCACAAAUACAUUUCAUAUAUAUCACACGUAAUCGAGCUAAUAAUAAGUGCACCUAUUUUAACAAAUGGAUCAUAGAUUUGGUACUCCUUAUCUUGUUCUCUAUGCUUGCUUGGUGAACCUGAUUGGUUGCCGCGGCCUGCCAGCGAAAAACCAUGUCCCCUUAUUCAUCUUUGGAGAUUCACUAUUUGAUGCUGGCAACAACAACUACGUCGACAUACCGCCCAGCGCCCAGGCAAAUUACUGGCCGUAUGGUGAAACCUUCUUCAAGUACCCUACCGGCAGAUUCUCUGACAGACGUAUAAUUCCAGACUUUAUUGCUGAGUACGCAAAUUUACCAUUAAUUCCACCAUAUUUGCAACCUGGUAGUAAUAAAUUUAUUGGUGGGGUGAAUUUUGCAUUUGGAGGAUCUGGUGCUCUAAUUGAAACUGCCCAAGGAUACGGUAUUAACUUGAGAACUCAGGUAAGCUAUUUCGAGGAGAUUGAGAAACUCUGGCGGCAGAUGCUAGGUGAUGCGGAAGCCAAGAAAUUGAUCUCCAAAGCUGUUUACCUAAUAAGCAUGGGCGUCAAUGAUUACAUGGUGCAUUUCGGAACAAACUCAACAGUACUUGAGUCUUAUUCCAGAGAAGAAUACGUGGGGAUGGUGAUUGGCAACUUAACUGUUGAAAUCAAAGAAAUAUAUAAGAAAGGAGGAAGGAAAUUUGGCUUUGUAAACGCAGGGGCACUUGAUUGUACACCAGCCAUAGGAGCGUUGGAAGCAGGGACAAGAGGUCCCUGCAAUGAAAACGCUACGGCACUUAUUGAACUACACAACGCAGCAUUUUCCAAUGCCCUGCAGGAGCUGGAGAGCCAACUUGAAGGAUUCAAGUACGCAACUCACGAUUUAUACACUUCUUGGAGUGAAAGAAUACAUAAUCCCACCAAAUAUGGUUUCAAGGAAGGGAGUACGGCAUGCUGCGGAACUGGUCCAUACAGAGGAAUACCCAGCUGUGGGGGAAGGAAACCUGUAAAAGAGUAUCAACUAUGCGGAAACGCUAGUGAAUAUGUGUUCUUCGACUCUACUCAUUUAACGGAAAAAGCCAUCCAGCAACUUGCAGAGCUAAUGUGGAGUGGUUCUCCUAAUAUCACGGGGCCUUACAAUCUCAAAAUGCUAUUUGACAUAUAGACAUUGCAAAUGUUAUGACUGAAGAACUGCCAUUGAUGCUUUUUAAUGGCAGAGUAUCAGCUAGAACCUAGGCAUGUACCAAGUACCAUAAAUUUCACAAACAAUCUCAUCCGUGCUCUAAAGGGGCUGUAUUCUAAAGAUCCAAGCAUGCAUCAACAGCGUAUUUAAAACUAACAAGUAUCAGGAACACCUCCAUAGUUGAACAAAAUUUAAAUUUACCGAGGAUUUUGUACACGAUUAAAUUGCCCCUC